AUGAUAUGGAGAGUGUCAGUUGGUGACUUGGGCCAGUUCAAAAGGGUUAAUACAGAUGGAGCCGCAAAACUGAUUGAGAUCAAUGAACUUGGAGUUCCAGUUGGUGGAAAAGACCACCUACUUUUUGAAAUCAAGGGAAAAGACAACCCUCCAGUGUUUGUUGUUCCAUUGCCAUCAGGGUCAACGACGAUCAGCGUUCCCGAGAACAGCCCAGUCAAUAAGGCUUUAUUCAACAUCAUGUGCGAGGACCCAGAAAACGACACCAUUACGUUGACACAGAAGAAUCACGUGGACCUCUUCCAUAUUGUCAAUUCUACUGUAAUCCUGAAGCAUAUACUUGACUUUGAAAAGGACCGGCAAUAUUCCCUCAAGAUAGAAGCGUUUGAUGGUCUACAUACUGUCCUUGUGGCUAUGAGUGUCAAAGUUGUGGAUGUAAAUGACGAAAUUCCUGUUUUGAAAAUCAGCGAUGACCUCUCGAUUCCCGAAGAGUUGAGGGUUGGAACUGUACUCAGCGGCUUGUUUGACGCAACUGAUGCAGAUCGCAACGACGAUCUUAAAUAUAACUUACAAGGGGGACACAAUUAUUUCGCCAUCAAUGAGGCCAAUGGAAAACUGACACUGAAACGAAGAAUCGACUUCGAUGGUGUUCGUGGUGUAAAGAAGAUUGACAAGAUGACCUUGACCGUCACCGAUAAGGGGAGUAACCGGGUUGACGCGUCGCUUACGAUUCCAGUAAUUGACAUCAACGACAACACCCCAUCUUUUGGAGAUAUUUACUUCCACUUCAACGUCACAGAACACGGAGGUCAGGCAAUACAACUGGCCAACUUCGCUAUCACCGACGCAGACAGUGGUGGGAACGGAAAAGUGCGCUUUCGCCUACCCAACACAGUCGAUAAGAAUAUAUUUACCGUGCAAGGAACGUCCCUGAUGGUGGAUGCAUCCAAGAUCGACUACGAAGAGUUAGAGAAACAGGACUUUUCUUACACCCUGACUGUGGGGGCAAUUGACAUGCCGGAUACAGGGAGGGUAAACGUAGGCAAAGCAACUGUUGUGGUCGAGGUCCUACCGGUCAAUGAAUUCUAUCCAAAGUGGACGUCUCCAAAGCUUCAAGCCAACUCUUUCAGUUUUGAAGACAAAGCUAUUCUUAUGCACGACCCAGUUGGAACCAUAGUGGAAACGUUCAGAGCGAAAGAUGAUGACAAGGGUAAAGACGGAACUGUAACAUACAGAAUUAUAUCAGUCAAAUCAGAUAAGGGUGAAGACGUGGGUAAUCACUUCUUCAUGGACAUGUAUUCUGGACAGCUGAAGAAGGCAUCUCACUUUGAUAUAAAAGCCGUGUCGUCUUCUUUUGACAUUACAGUACAGGCAAUUGAUGGUGGAAGUAGUCCAAAAAGUGUGAAUGGAAAAUUAAAAGUAUCUCUAGGAUUCGAUAGUGCUGUUGGAGCUGGUGCAGGCAGGGUAGUAGGAAUGGGGGGUGCAGGAAUGGGAGGUGCAAGGAUGGGAGGUGCAGUAAUGGGAGGUGCAGUAAUAAGAGGUACUGGUGCAGGUGAGGCAGCAGGAAUGGGAGGUGCUGGCAGAGCUGGUGCAGGUGAGGCAGCAGGAAUGGGAGGUGCUGGCAGAGCUGGUGCAGGUGAGGCAGUAGGAAUGGGAGGUGCUGGCAGAGCUGGUGCAGGUGGGGCAGUAGGAAUGGGAGGUGCUGGCAGAGCUGGUGCAGGUGAGGCAGUAGGAAUGGGAGUUGGUGGUGGAUCUGGUGCAGGUGGGGUAGUAGGAAUGGGAGGUGCUGGCGGAUCUGGUGCAGGUGGGGUAGUAGGAAUGGGAGGUGCAGGAAUGGGAGAUGCAGGAAUGGGAGGUGCAGUAAUGGGAGGUGCAGGAAUGGGAGGUGCAGUAAUGGGAGGUGCAGGAAUGGGAGGUGCAGGAAUGGGAGGUGCAGGAAUGGGAGAUGCAGGAAUGGGAGGUGCUGGCGGAUCUGGUGCAGGUGGGGCAUUAGGAAUAGGAGAUGCAGGAAAGGGAGUUGGUGGUGGAGCUGGUGCUGGCGCGGGUGGAGAAGCAAGAAUGAGAGGAGGGAUGAGUGGUUCCUUGGGAGUUGGUUCGGGUAGAAUAGGAGGUGCAGGAGUUGUAGAUGGUGGCGGGGCUGGUGCAAGUGGAGCAGCAGAAAUGGGAAAAGGAAUGAGAGCUGGUUCAGGAAUUGACAAAGGUAGAUUCAAUGAUAUGGGUAGUGAUAGUGUAUCAGGUAAGGGUGGUGAUGGUAGAUUUGGUGGCCACAGGGGACCAGAUGAAAUAGUUGGCAUUGAGAAAAAAACGGGAACAGGAACUGUACGGGGUGCUGGCGAAGCAGGUGGCAAUUGUGACAACGGUGGGUCUGGUUGCUUCAGAGGAACUGAUAAGCCCAGAGAUGGAUUGGGAAGGAGUGUCCACAUUUGUUCUACAGUAGCAUCUCAUAGAAACAACGAGAUAUGGGCUUUAAGGGGUGGUUAUGGCCUGCUGCUGUUUCUUGGAGCUUUAGGAUCAAUGGCGGUUAUGUGGAAAAUUAAGAAGAAAACCAUUACUGUAACACCAGCGAGUACUGCCAAUGGACUUGGCCUUCACGACUGUCCGGGGUUAGCGGAGUUCAAGGCUCCUGCGCCGAUUGAUACACACAGGUAGAAGCUAUUGGCACCACGCUAUCUUUGAAAUAUGACGCGCCUAUUGAUGAAACGACCAACUUGAAACUAACAAUAAACGCAUUGAAGAUGCUAGCAUAUAUAUGUACGGUGUCAUAGUAGAUGUAACACCCCUGUUGGUGAUGUUUUGUGAGAAGAACGAUUACAGGAGGACGUUUUAAAAGUUGUUUCAAAUGAACCUCACAUUUUACUAUUUAACCUUCAAUGUUUUAACUGACGUAUCUGCAUGGUUCUGGCCCCAGAUUGUAACAGUAGAUCCAAUUUGUAGAUUAGAUUAUUACCUUUGAAAUGUUAUAUUUCCUCAUGUCUGGUUUCAAUAAAUCAAUUGUCAUCGAUGACCUCGGUGUAAUGUGUUAUAUAUAUAUUCAAACUUAG